GCUCAGCGUCGGGAAUACUCCUCAUCUGAAAGCGUUACGGGUUAUAGAAGGCGUAGCAUAUAUCUACAACAUAGACAUUGCUCACUGCCCCAGCAACGUUUCAAGCAGAUUACCAGAGCAUCCAUUGGACCUUCUGCUUCGCAAUACCCACCCAGCACAACGUCCCUUCUGGUAGCUUCCAUCCAAUAACUUUACCUAUUAAAUAGCACUGUCUAUUCAAUAGUAUCCAUCUGUUAGUUUUCACCAAUUUAACAGUCUCUAUCCAGUAGCAUUCGCAGUGCUUUUACUACUGUUCACCCAUCUAGCCGCCAGCGCUUCAUUUUGCUUCCAAGACGUCGAUUUUGCUUAUCUAAACCCAUUCGCUUUCGUCAGUUAGUACCCAAAUCCUUUGGUAUUAAAAAACGCUUAUUUGACUCACUUUGUAUUCGAUAGCAUCGGUAUAUCCCUAGCUGUCUAGUGAAUCCUCUCCCGAAACCAUGUCUUUCUGGCCGUUUGGGAACUCGAAUGGGUCAUCCUCCCUCAACAAGUUGUUGGAGUCCCCGGACCUAACAUUGGACGAACUCCUCGACAAUCCAGACCUCCUCAGCGAGUUGCGUGAGGGCAACAACAAUCGGCUCCUCGAGUUCGUGGUGAAGCCGGACAACCUCGUGGCGAUGGUGAACAGCGUUGUGGACUCCGUGGACUUUUUUCUCGCUGAUGAAACAGCGGACGCAGCCGAGAUGGCAGAACGCAGCAUGAAGUACAAGAACCUCCAGGACCCUCUGGACGGUGAAGAAGAGGAGGAAUCGGCGGACGACCGCUUAAGACGGCGAUACCACGUGGCGUCGCAGGUGCUCGCACUCGACAGCUGGCUAAUAUCAGACCUCUUGGCGGAUCAGCACGGGCUUCUCGUGCACUUGUGGUCGGUGCUCGCGAAACCGUUGGUGGCAUCGCUCCCACUGAUCACAUACUUCACCAAGAUUAACGAGCAGUUACUCGAUGCGCGCCCGGACCAGAUGUUAAACUUCAUCCGCACGCAAGGCGACUUGGUGGACAGCUUCUUGCGGCACAUAGAGAUCCCCUUGUUGAUGGACCUUCUCUUGAAGAUCACCCUCACUGACAAGCCCGACAGUCCUUCUGGUAUAGUGGAGCUCUUGCACGAACAGCACUUGGUCGCCAAAUUGCUUGCAUUCUUACAGCCUCAGUUCCGCCCUUCCAUGCAGUCGUCCGCGGGUGAUUUCCUUAAGGCCUUGAUCACCAUCUCGGCAAAUACCUCGUACACCCAGGACCAGUGCAUCGGGCCGAACGAGCUCACGCGCGAGUUGGUUGGCGAAAAAUGUAUCCAGACAAUUAUCGGCGUCAUGCUUGGACGAGGUAGCGGUCUUGCGACAGCUGUGGGGAUUGUCAUCGAGGUGAUUCGCAAAAAUAACUCGGACUACGACCAGAUCGAUGUGCUUGAAACCACGGUGGAGUCGCAUCCACCAAACAGCCGCGAUCCAAUCUUUCUUGGGCCGAUGAUACGUUUGUUUAGUGAGAACUUAGGUCGGUUUAGCGAGUUGUUUGUGUCGAUUCUGACUCCGCUCGUGGCUACGUCUAUGGGCGUUGAGUACGAGUCGUUGGGGUAUGAGCGGUACAAGAUUAGUGAGUUGGUAGCGGAGCUCUUGCACUGUUCGAAUAUGAAACUUUUGAAUUCACUCGAUGCGGAGAAAGUAGUGCGGAAGAGGGAUAUUGAAAGGAAGGGGAAGGAGAGGAGGAUUGCGGAGGCUCUUGACGAUGGCGUCGAAGGCGAAAUCACCAGGACCGAUGUCGAAGUUAUUGACGGGGUUUCCGGUAACCAUACCGACUCUAUCAAUGACAAAGCUGGCGAUUCCAUUGACGCCCUCUCCCUGGCCAUGGAAGAGGUCUCCUUGGGUGUCUCUAGUGCUGCCCCCUACGACCCGUGCAAGCCACCGGUGGUGGACUCCACGACCGCGCGUUUAUACACACAAUCUUUCUUCUCGCAGCUCGCAGAAAUCAACAACACGACACUCGCAGAGCCCACGCCCUCGUCGCGUGACGUCGAGCAGCAGCAGGCGUUGGCUCGCGAGUUUGAGGAGAAAUCGGACGAUGAGGCAGGAGAAGACCAGGUAGAAGAAAAAGAAGAUUCGGUGAGUUCUGUCGGUAUAGGCUCUUCAACGGAGGACUCCACUUCGAUCGCUUCAAUGGAAUCUUCGGCUGAUGAUGAUAUCACCCCCGAAAAUCCGUUUGUCACCGACGCACGCGACCGCUCGAUCCGCGCGCGGCCCACACUUGGCGACCUCUACAAGAUCAAGCUCCUUGACUCCAAACUUUUGGAAAACGUCAUCUCUAGCUUCCUCCGCUUCCCGUGGAACAACUUCUACCAUAACGUGGUUUUCGAUUUGGUGCAACAGGUGUUACAGGGCAAGCUCCACUCGUACAACUCGUUCUUGGUCAACGAGUUGUUUAACCACGAAAUAGGCCUCACCAACCUCAUCAUCCUUGGCCACCAGCGCUGUACCAUGAAUGAGAUUGAACACAACUUACGCUUGGGCUAUAUGGGCCACGUGAUCUUAAUUGCAGAGGAGAUUGUGCAGUUCACCCAGAUGUACAAGCCCGAGUUGAUCUCAGCCACCAUCUAUGCCAAACUCAACCAGAACAACUGGGUCACGUACGUCAACGAGAUCCUCAUGAAGACGCGCGAGAUGUACAACUGCGUGUUGGGCGGCAUAAAACCGACGGAGGAGGACGUGUAUGUGAACCCGGACGCGAUUUUGCUCGGCGAUGGAUCCGAAGAAACCAAAGACGCUGAUGAAGAUGCCGAAGGGGAUGCCGGAGAAGAUGCUGAGACUGUGCUCGAAGGCGUGGAAGCCCGCUUCGAUGAUGGCGAAACGCUACAUCGCGUGGCCAGACACAAGAACUGAUUUGUAUGAAGUAAUGUAUUGUAAGUGAAUUUAUGUUAAUAUGAAA